UUCAACUUCAUCUAUAAAUUCUUGGUCGCACAACGCUAGUAAUUGGUGCGACAUACAGUACCUGGUAGAAAAAAAAAAAAAAAAAAAAAGAUUAACAUUCUUAUCAAAUUUUGCUCAAACCAAAAUGUCAUCAAUUUAUGCUGCAAAAGAAUCAUGGCAUCAAAGAAUCCUUUUCUCUAAUGUGGUGGUGACAAGAAAAAGGAACCUUUUUUGGGGACGCAAAUGGAGAUCCCUCGAUAUUAAAAUGGCCAUUGGGAUCUUGUUUUUCCAUAUUUUGGCAUUUUUUGCUCCAUUUACGUUCACUUGGGAUGCCUUUUGGAUAGCUUUUUUUGGUUACAUUCUAACAGGGAUAUUUGGUAUAACCAUGUGUUACCACCGGCUUCUAGCACAUCACAGUUUGAAGCUGCCAAAAUGGCUGGAAUACGCAUGCGCUUAUUUAGGGGUUCAAGCUAUCCAGAGGGAUCCAAUAUAUUGGGUGAGCAUCCAUAGAUAUCAUCAUCAAUAUGUUGAAUCAGAAAAAGACCCCCAUACUCCCACAUAUGGAUUUUGGUUUAGUCACAUGGGUUGGAUCCUUGAUAGCGGCUUCAUUAUGGAAAAGUAUCAGGAACGUAAAAAUGUAGAAGAUUUAAAAAGUCAGGCGUUCUAUAGGUUCAUCAAAAGAACUUACUUGUGGCAUAUAUUUGGAUUUGGAGCACUCGUUUAUGCAUGGGGUGGUUUCCCCUACCUCGUUUGGAUUAUGGGUGUUAGGAGCAUGUGGGUGUUACACAUGACUCUUCUGGUGAACUCGGCUUGCCAUAUAUGGGGAAAACGAGUUUGGAACACCAAUGAUUUGUCUAAAAAUAAUUGGUGGGUUGCAUUGCUUACAUUUGGGGAAGGAUGGCAUAACAAUCACCAUGCUUUUGAGUACUCUGCUCGACAUGGGUUGGAAUGGUGGCAGAUAGAUCUAUGUUGGUAUGUGAUUUGUUUUCUUGAAUCAAUCGGAUUGGCCUGGAAUGUGAAAUUGCCGACUCCUGCUCACAAGUUUAAGAAAUCGUUGGCUUCUACAAACAAAUUCAGAUGAUUACUCAAAAGAGUUACCACCUAUGCAUCGAUUUUUAGUAAUAUAAAUGUUUUUUUUUUUUUUUUUCCAGUUUAAUUGUUC